AACCAAAGCUCAGUCUUUCAGUCAAUCCUAGGUACUGUGAGUUUGUUAGUGCGGGCGGGCCGUUGGCGAAGAACCGAAGAGGGAUGGAUGACCAUGGGCAAUUCCCCCUCUCGCUCAAGGUUCUGUACGAUGUCCGGUAGACUAUGGUGCCCAUCCCGCCAUCGAACUGUGCCACCCCAAACCUGCGUGUCCCUCUUCGUUCGGACCCCAAUCACACUCUACACCAACAGCGCUGAGCAGCCAACAAGAUGCAGAUGCAGUCGUGCUCCAUCCAAGUGAACGAACGGAUGGGUCCCUCGCGCCAACCUGCCACCUCUCGUCACAAUCACACUUCCUCCACCUUCUCUCUUGCAAACACCGAAACACAUAUGAGGCGUGGUUUCGCAUAGCUCGCGAUCUCUCAUCACGUCUCGUCACAUCGGAAGCGUUCCUAGAGCUAGUCGUGCUAGUAUCUCAGCGACCAUAUCGCCAGACUCAAGUUUCCCACAAAAGCCCUGUCAGACCCCGUUCGCCCCCCCGCAGGCAUGUAAGACAGGCAUCUUCGCCCUCAGCGAUUGACUUCCGAGCAAAGCUCUUUCGUGCGUUGCGGCAGCCUGCCCCGUUAGCGAUACUUCGGUCCCACCGGUGAACUCCAGUAUCAUAACCACCCUCGCUUUUUCUUUCCAAAAUGCGUCCCACGACGGGUGCCCUUGUGCUAGGCCUUGCCCUCAGCCAGGUAUCGGCUAUCCACGUGGCGACUGGUUCACCUUGCCAGACACUAUGCGGCAACGUACUCGAUGCGACGACCAAAAACGACGUUGUAUGCGACGAGCACUCGUACUCCAGCAGCGCCGGUUCUGUCUAUCAGCAAUGUGUGUCUUGCGAGUUGACCAGUGACUUUGCGACCAGCACCAACGAGACAGAUACGCAAUGGGCAUUGUAUAAUUUGCGAUACGCCAUUUCGUACUGUACUUUUGGAUAUCCAGACAACCCCAAUGUCGGAUCGAGCCCAUGUCUCACAAGGACUGCGUGCGAGCCACUGCAAAAGGCAAUCACCUACAGUGAUCUGGCUUCCAACGUUACCGAGUUUGAGUAUUGUGAUGUCUGGGAUCAUAACCAGGUCGCCAGCUGUUCAUCGUGUCUCCGUGCAGGAAACAAUAACUUUAUCAACAACUUUCUUACCAUCCUAGACGCGGGCUGCCAGCAAAAACCUGUGCCCGGCACUACAAUCUCUGUUGACGGGUCUCCAUUCUCGAAAACUCGAGUCAACAUCACGGAGCCUACGCCGACAAAUACGUACGUCUCAGACUACAACAGCGGCCCCAUCAGUCUCGGCGGCAAGGUCGGCAUUGCGAUCGGAGGCGUUGUCCUCCUGCUUGUCGUUGCAGGUUUCUGCAUCGUGUGGAACGGGAAGAGGAGACGUAGAGCAUUCUUGAAGACGCUUGAAAUGAAACAGCAGAGUGGCGGCGGUCGGUCCGGAUGGCCAACGCCGCUGAAUACCAGUGGCAUCGGCGGUACUCCCCUCAGCCAGAAGCCCUUGCGAACCUGGGACGCCUCACCGCAGAGCCAAGGGCCUUCUCGUGGAUGGGACGACUCACCGAUGAGUGCCAAUGGGGAGCAACCGUACACGAGAUACUUCUCUCCAUACUCUUCUCAGUACAACAGCCCAGUGAGCGGUGCCGAGGCACCUGCCAUGCAAUGGCCGGUAAACGACGCGAACCCCCAAAGGCAACCUCAAGAGAUUGGUCUCGCGUUCGGAGGAGAUAAUCAAGAGCAGAGGUGGAAUGACUCGAAAGGAAAAGAGCGAUCCGAGUCGUACGAGAUGAGAGAUGUUGAGCCUGAGUGGGACGCCCGACAGAGGUACCCAAGCCCACCCAAUGUCCAGCAGCCGGCGCACACGGUGUACGCUGAACACAACCCGGCGGCCUACCACGGUCUGACAGAGGAGGAUCUGCGGAGAGGAUAUGCCCUCUGAUGCGCAACGUAAAUGGUACCGAAGGUAUCGUGGAAUGGAACGUGUCGCUCCUGCAUCUAGUAUUUGUUUGUUUUAGCGGGAGUUAGGAGUCGGCGAUACCGAUUGAUUAGCAUCAGCUUUGAAGGCUUAAUAGCAGCAUAGGCCUAGGCCAGUCUACUGGCAAUACAUCUGAGAUAAUAUCA